AGUCGCUCAGAGACGCAGGCAACGUGCAACACAGCCGUCUCUCCCCUUUAGCUGUAAUUCAUCCCUCGCGUUGCAUUUGAAAUUUGUUCUGCACCCAGACCCUCCCCGGGGGAAUCACUGCUGUCUUUUUUUGGGGGGGAAGGGGGAGCGCAGGAGCUGGGCAAGGCCUCGCUAUUAGAAGGAAUGUGGUAGUGAUGUAGAAGCUGGGAGCGCUGUGGCCUGCAGAGUACCCGGCACUGCCUCUGUUGCUACUGCUGCUGAGUCUGCUGCUGUGAUUGAGGUGUUCUCUCUCUCUCUCUCUCUCUCUCUCUCACUCUCGCUGGAGUGAAACUGCUGAGGAUUUUCUAACUGGGGAUGCCCAGCUCUUCCACUUGGUUUUAAGGAAUCUUACUUGUUUCGGGACAGGGGAAACACAAACACACACACACAGCCGGGGGAGGGAGAAGGAGUCAAUUGAUGCAACAAGAGGAUGAGAAGGUGAUCAGAGGGCAGCAUUAUACAAGUGGGAGUCUACCCUUAAUGCCUGCUCUGAAUGUCCUACAGUUCAAAAGCUUUUGUUCCAAAUCUUACACUGCUGAGAUCUAAUAAGACUGAAACAGCUGUUGUCAAUUGGGAUAAAUGACUCUGAAUACCUGGCUGCACCUGUGCUGUUUAACUAAAAUUCCAAGUACAUAGGUAUUUGAAGGGACGUAUUAGGAGGGAUUUGCGGGCCCCAUCACAGCUAUUAAGUGCGACAUUGAUUCACAGAAUUCCUGUAUACUUAAAGUCGUAUGCACAACAGCAGAAGUGUUAAUCAUAUGGUAUUGACGAUUUGGAUCUAGUAGUUUUGCUGAGAAGAUGUGCAUGCAUCGCCCCAGAUGUUAAAAACUGUGUUAAUAUGAUGAAAAGAGAAAAUCCUUUUCUUAGAGAAUCGCAUAGUUUCUGUGUGACAUCAUCUUGAAUGGAAGAAGAAAGUAAUACAGUAUUGGAUCUGCCACUACUUACAAACAAAAUGGGAAUGUGGCUCUGUGCAGUGCUUUCUUUUGAAGAAUGACCUUGCUUAAUUAAGAAAGACGGCUGCUGGUUUCAUGAAUAAAAGCACGCAGGCUAGGAAUUUUCUAGGGACACAAAAGUUAAACCCUCACACUUUACUGUCAAGUGAUGGAAAACAAUAUGACAGUUUGCCAUAACUUUGCUUCCUGUUUGGAAGAGAAAAUGUAUGGCUCCUGCGAAAAGAACUGGAACACUCGAGCUUUGGAUAUCUCUCGAGAGAUAUGAAUGAGAUAUGUGACUUGGAUUAUUGCUGAAGGACUAAACCAUUCUGUUGGAGAAGAGUUCUAAAUGAGCCUAGCUGAGAUACUGGAUCUGUGUGAAGAGGACUAAGGAUAUAAUAGGAUGUCAACUGAGACAGAACUUCAAGUGGCUGUUAAAACCAGCACGAAAAAGGAAUCAAAAAAGAAAGGUCAAGACCGCAGUGAAGCCACUUUGAUAAAGAGGUUUAAAGGGGACGGUGUUCGGUAUAAAGCAAAACUUGUUGGAAUAGAUGAAGUUUCUGCUGCAAGAGGAGACAAGCUAUGCCAAGAUUCAAUGAUGAAGCUCAAGGGGAUUGCUGCUGGUGCACGAUCAAAAGGAGAACACAAACAAAAGGUCUUUUUAACGGUCUCCUUUGGAGGAAUCAAAAUCUUUGAUGAAAAAUCUGGUAUAAUGCAUCAUCAUCACGCAGUCCAUGAAAUCUCGUACAUUGCAAAGGACAUUACCGAUCAUCGGGCGUUUGGCUAUGUGUGUGGGAAGGAGGGAAAUCAUAGAUUUGUGGCAAUAAAGACAGCGCAAGCAGCAGAGCCAGUGAUUUUGGAUUUGAGAGAUUUAUUUCAACUUAUCUAUGAGCUGAAGCAGAGGGAAGAAAUGGAGAAAAAGGCACAAAAAGAUAAGCAAUGUGAACAAGCUGUAUAUCAGACAAUUUUGGAAGAAGAUGUAGAAGAUCCUGUUUACCAGUACAUUAUAUUUGAGGCUGGCCAUGAAUCUAUACGAGAUCCAGAAAAUGAAGAAAGCAUUUAUCAGGUUCCUACCAGCCAUAAGAAAGAAGGGGUCUACGAUGUGCCAAAAAAUCAACCUAUAAGUAAUGGAGACUUAAUAAUUUUUGAUGAAAUUCCUUUUGAUGCCAUUGAGGCUGUUACCCAAUUAGCACUUUUUGGAGAUAUGUCUACUCCUCCUGACGUAAUGUUUCCUUCAACCCCAGCGACUCCAGGUGAUGCCUUUAUGACAUGUUCAUCUCAGCUACACCCAGCCCCUGUUCAUAUGUUUGGAACUCUCCCUUACAAUUCCGUUGCUCUACCAUCAGGUUAUGUUGCAAUGGGAGCUGUUCAGCCAUCAUUCUGGGGGCAACAACCAUUAGUUCAACCACAAAUGGUCUUGAGUGGACAGCCUCAAGUUGCUCAGGUUAUGCAGGGAAACCAGACAAUAGCUUGGGCCCAACCUGGCCUAUACCCAACUCAGCAACAGCCAUGGCCAACAUUACCUGGUCAGUUUCCACCCACUGCCUUCAUGCCAACACAAACUGUUUUGCCUUUUCAAGCAGCCAUGUAUCAAGGUACCAAUGCUCCUAUAGCUGCUGUGCAACCAACUAGUGACUCCAUGAGAUCAAGUCCAUUGCGACCUGAACAAAAACUAGAGAUGUUUAAAGAUUUUCAUAUGGUAAAUCCUCCUCCAGUGCCAUCAAGAAACCCAGACCAGCCUUCCCUCUCAUGUACCUCAGAGGCCUUCUCAAGUUAUUUUGACAAAGUUGGGUUCGCUCAGGAUACAGAUGAUUGCGAUGACUUUGACAUCUCACAAUUAAAUUUGACUCCUAUGACAUCCACAUCACCAUCUACCAAUUCACCGCCAACGCCAGCCCCGAGGCAGAGCUCUCCUUCAAAAUCCUCAGCAUCUCACACAAGUGAUCCCAUUCCUGAUGACAUCUUUGAAGAAGGCUUUGAAAGUCCAAGUAAAAGUGGAGAACAAGAUGCACCUGAUGCAUCUCAGGCCUCAACCUGCACUGACCUAGGUGAACCCAGUGGUGAUGCUAUAAGCCCACAGGUCGGUAGCUAGAUAGCACAGCUGGCGAGAAGAUCAGAAGAGCCACUCUAUGCCCAGAUCUUGAAGAAAUAGCAUUAUACAGUUUAUAGUGCUUGAAGUGACUGAACAACCAGCGAGCCAUUCGCACUCACAGGAUCCUUCACCAAAACAAUGGGUUUUAUCGGUUUACUGAAAGAAUGAUUUUGGUGGCAAAGGCAGUGCAAAGGAUAGUCUCUCUCUCUCUCUCAACACCAAUGUCCCAAAAAGGCACUGGCAUGGAAGAUGACUUUGGAUUUGUUCAUAAAUCCCUGAUUUUAUCCAUGUUGACCUACUUAACCUUAAUGGGAACAAUACAAGAUGACUAUUUUUUUGACUACUUUACUUUAUCACUUUUCUUUCAAAAGUUUUUAUAGUCUUAUAUAUUCUAAGUAAUGCAGAAACCCCAAUAUAGCAGCAGUACCACAGAGGAAUAUGGAGGCUGAACAUUGCACUGUUGAUCUUCAUGGAAGUUUUUUAAGCAGCACCUAAAGAAGAGUCUCAUUGAAAGGAGUAUUAUUUUAUUUCAUAUGACAACCAUCUUUAUUUGGAGUGGGGAGGAAGGCUCAAAAUACACAUUUUUUUAUAUAACCUAUUCAUUAGAAGAAGAGCUUUUAUGGUCUAUGUGGAAAGAUGCCAAAUGUUCUAGACCCUGAGUGAUUCCUAGAUUCACAAAUAGACUUUCGUAUUAUAGAAUUGAGGAUGCUUGCUCAUCUGGUACCUUGCUGCUGAAAAGCUAUGCAGACUCAUUAUGUGUGCCAUUUUUGAAGAUCGAAUAUUUGCCUAAAAAAAACUCUGGAACAAAUCCAAAAGGUGGACAAAAAUGAAAUAGACUUUCUCUGUGGACUUAAGAGGCAUGACUUUUUGCUAUAAGAGAAUCUGUGAUUAGAUUACCCAAUUCUGUCUCUUUUGUACAUUAGGGGAAAAUUGGAUUUUUAUUUUAUAAUUGUAACAUUAAACUCUUCAAAUGGAAAAGGCUUUAAGUAAUUAACAUACAAUGACAGAUUUUGUAAAUAUGAGUAUUAAUGACAAAUGGUUUCAUAUUGCCAUUACACUGUAGCAAGAUAGCGAAUGUCAGUGAUUGGAAGGUGCGUCAUUUUCAGGUUUCAUAUCACAUGGUUUUUUUCAAGUGCAGCGUAAUUAGCUUGUCAGAAACUAAUAAACUGAAUGAAGAUCCUUGUA